AUGGCUGCCUCUGUGACCAGCAGUUCCCUGAGCUUCGGGGAGAACUAUGCGAUUCUCAACUUGGACUGGAUGACGGGACUUAUCAACGCCGUCAAAGAUACAUCCGAAGGGCAGACAUUGAUUGAGAACUGCGUAAAAUGGAACGACGCUAUACACCAGACAUUUCCUCGUCCUCUUACCGUUUUCUCAACCCUCUCCUUCAGCCCUGGCCAGCCUGAGGUCAAGCCUAACUCGCCAUUUGCCAAGCUGAUUGCUCCAUACGGAGACCUCUCAAAGGCCUCUCCUGAAGUGCAAAUCGACGAUCAUUUCAAAGUAGACGAAAAGGAUAUCGUUGUUGAGAAAACAAGGUGGUGCGCUAGCAUAGGCAACGCCUUGGAACAGAUCCUACAAGCGAGGAAUAUCAAUACUGUUAUCAUCUCCGGCUUGAGUCUUUCGGGUGUUGUGAUGUCCACCAUCUAUCGGUUGUUCGAUCUGGACUACAUGAUCUAUGUUAUCAGGGACAAUGUGCUGGAAUUACCGGUCAACCAAACAGCAGAGUUCACUUAUGUGAUGCUCGACAUGCUUCUACCCAAGAUGGGCCUUAAGGUUAUCUCGCUUGGUGAGGCUCUGCAGGCGCUGGGGAAUUCCUAG